UCCACUAACUCCUGCCGUCAGACGCAGCUUCCACACACUUCUCAGCAUACGAUCCGUUUCACUUUGAUUUGUGUAGCGCUACCUUCUUGUUGCCAAUACUGUCCAUGUCUGACUGUUAACUGUUUCCUUCCCUUUUGGUUUUGUAUUAAAAGUAUCUUGAAAAACUUCAGGAAGUGAGUGAGUUAAAGUUCAGCCAGAGCACAGCGUCCAAACACAGAAGAGCUUUCACUAAGACAGUCGUCAGAGGAUACUCAGAUUCAAGACAACAGAGAGGUCGGUGAUCCACAGCUGUCACAAGAACAGAGAGGAGAGAGUGAAAAGAAAAACCCCUCCAUGGCGUACCGGCUCUUUGAAGGGAAGGAUCAUGCUGUCCUCUACCAGAAGUAUCGCUUUAUACCUCCAGAGGAGCUUGUCAAAGUCAUUAUUCAGUACCUAGAUAAAAAGAAGGGACAGCCACAUGGGCUGGCAGUAGACCUGGGAUGUGGAUCAGGUCAGCACACUCGACUACUGGCGCCGUACCUCAAAGAAGUGGUGGGCUUGGACAUAAGUGAAUGGCAGUUGGAGCUGGGCAAAGCUGUGCCAGGGUACCCGAACGUUAGAUACAGUCAAGGAACAGCAGAGGAGCUUCCUUUUCCAGAUGCAUCCGUGGACUUGCUGACGGCAGCAUCAGCGGCCCACUGGUUUGACCAGUCGAGGUUUCUGGCUGAGGCGAAUCGAGUCUUGAAACCUGGGGGAUGUGUGGCUCUGCUAGGCUUCAUGGAUAAUAACACCAGAUUGUGCUACAAAGACUGUGGCGAGAGACUUGACCUCAUCUAUGCAGAGGUGAAGCAGGCACUUGCACCAUACACAAGUGGCCCAGUAGCUGUAUCUGAGGGUAAGCUCGAUGAGCUGUACUCUGCCAUCCCCUUUCCAGACAAAGAGAGGAUUGAGUCUUUUAAGACGAAGAAUAAUGUUUCAGUGAGGGAUUACUUGGGUUUCAUUCAGUCCUGGUCCAUGUUCCAAACUUACAAGGCAAAAGAUCCCAAGGGUGCUGAAGACCUGCUGUUGAAUACCCAGAAAAGGUUCCUAGAGGAGAUGGGAGUCAUGUCUCCUGACACUGAAAUGGAGCAGGAAAUGGAUUAUUUCUGUGUUCUGGCAUCCAAACCACAAUAAUCAACACAAUAAAAUGAGAUGCACACAAGUGUGUAAUUUUGAUAUGUUACCAUAAGUAAAUAACUUUCAACAACCAAAUGUUAUUGUGUGAAGGAGAACACUAUGCUAUGGAUCAUUCUAAAUAAACAUUAUUCCACUUAACCUCUCAAAAAAA